UUGAUGUGACAGCCCAUUAUCGAGAGCACAGUGUCUUAGUGGUCACCUUCUGUGUUGAUCUGUCCCGACAGUCACUGCAGUCUCAUUCGUCUGCACAGCUGGGACUCCUGGAGGGAGACAUCAUGAUCUUCACUUUUACAGUGUUCUUUCAUCUUGGGCUGAGUCUGGAACCCAGGAGAACGGUGGUGGCAGAAAAAUUGCAAAAACCCACCAUCUGGGCUGAACCAGACUCUGUGGUCACCAAGGGACUGUCUGUUUAUAUCUUCUGUUUUGGAACCCAGGAAGUCCAGAAGUACUAUCUAUAUAAAAAGGAACGUUUAAACCCCUUGAAGAUACAGACCUCACUGGAGCCUGGGAACAAGGCCAACUUUUCCAUUCCAUUUAUCACAGAAUAUCAUGCAGGACUAUACUACUGCUGCUAUUUCAGCCCUUCUAACUUGUCAGAAUGCAGUGACAUCCUAGAGCUUGUGGUCACAGGAUUCUACAACAAACCCAACAUCUCAGCCCUUCCAAGCUCCCUGGUGACCUCAGGAGGGAAUGUCACCCUCCAGUGUAGCUCACAUCAGGGAUAUGAAAGAUACAUCCUUACCAAGGAAGGAGAACAGAAUGUGUCCUGGACUCAGGAUUCCCAGAAACAACCCAAUGGACAUUUUAUGGCCUUGUUUCCUGUGGGGCCAGUGACUUCCAAACACAGAUGGGCCUUCAGAUGCUAUGGCUACUAUGAGAGAACCUCCCAGAUGUGGUCAAUGCCCAGUGAGACCCUGCAACUCCUCCUUAUUCACACUCACAAGAUCAUACAGUGGAGAAUCUCAUCAGGAUGGCUGUGGCUGACUUGGUUCUGGUGGUUCUUGGGAUUCUACUUUUUGAGGCACAAAACAGUCAGAGAAGUCACCAAGAUUCAGGAUGGAGGUGAACCAGAGAGAAUCGUGCAUCUAUCUCUUAAUGUGGUAGAGGCUUGAAGAUGAAUCUAACAAGUAGAAGAAAUCAUGGAAGUAAAUUUGUGGUAUAAGUGUUUGAACACAGUUGCAUACCCUGAAGAGAACACCAUAUUUGGGUGCAGGGAAAAUGCCAAAGAGAUCUGUGAAGAGGACUAUACACCCACUAAGUUAGAACAGUCUGGUGGCUUGAAUAAGAUGGCCUUCAAAGUCUCAGACAUUUGAAUGCUUGGUCCUCAUCUGGUGAUAUUGUGUGGAGAGACUUAGGACAUGUGGUCUUGUCAGAAGAAUUGUGUAACUGGGCUAGGCUUUGAAGCCUUAAGGCUCAUCAUUUCUAGCUCACUCUUGUGUUCAUUUUCUACAAGAUUGAAAUAUUCCACUCUGUAGGGAAUCUUCUUAAGCCAGAAGGCAAACAACUCAAAAUAACCCCAGAAAGGAUCUGAAACUAACAAGAUUUACUAGGUCCUUUUUUUUUUUUCUAAGAGUUAAGAAGAAGAGCUGUUGUGAGUUACUCUUAGACGAGAUAAGCUGCAAGGAAGAAUCUGAGACCAGAUCUACUCCCUGGAAGAAUAAAGAAACAACCAAGCUGCCUAGAAGAGAUUUAGACUGAAAUAAGCUGGA